AUUCAAGCCAUUCAUUUGGGGCUACCUAGCGGCCUUCCAGCACGUUGACCUCUGUCACUAUCAGCAUGGCCUCAGCAGGCAACCAGGCCGAGGCAGCUGCGGAGUGUGCGGUGGCGAAGCCCGGGUUCGAGGCGUCGAAGGCCAAGGCCGGCAACGGUCGCCCCAUCAGUCUGGCCUCCGUGGCCACGCCCUCGCGCGGCGGCAGGUCCCGCGAGGGCGGCGCGGGUGCCCACAACGGAGGUGCUGACAAGGGCAGCAGGGGCCCCACCAGCGCGCUGGAGGAUUUGAUGCGGCGCAAGGGCGUUGACGAAGCUUGGAAUGCUCUCGAGGAGAUGCAACGGCAGAAGACCACCACUGAUAAGUACACGGUCUCACGCAUGUUGAUGAAGACUGUCGGCGAUGGUCGUGGAAGGCUCAACCCGUCGCGCGUGUACCGUGGCAUUGCGUUGGUGGAAAAGUUCAUCGAUUUGCAACCCAAGGACGUGGACGAGGUGCUCUUCAAUGCCCUCUUGGACACUUGCUGCCGCUUGAAGGACCUCAGCCGGUUGGAAUCGAUUGUCAACCGCAUGCGCGAGCUCAACGUGCAGCCUUCACCGGUGACUUUGGGCAUCCUGGUGAAGACUUACGGCCAGGCUGGAGACAUGCAGAAGGUCCUCCAGGUGUGGGGCGAUAUGGAGAAGCAGCGCGGCCAGGCCAAUGCCGUGACAUACGGCUGCAUGAUCGACGCAUGCGUGAAGUGCAACAAUUUGGCUAAGGCGGUUGAGAUCUUCAAAGGCAUGCGGGCCGAGGGAAAACAUAAGAACACGAUUUUAUACACUACGUUGAUCAAGGGCUACGGGCUCGAGAAGGACCUGACUCGCGCAAUGGAGCUUUUUCGCGAGAUGCCCAAGGAGGGGGUCCCCUACAACACUAUCACAUACAAUUCCAUCCUCGACGCGUGUGUCAAGUGCUCGGACCUCGCUGGGGCAGAAGGCCUGUUACGGGAGAUGCUGGACACGGAGAAUUCCCAUGAGCCCGACCUGAUCACCUUCUCCACCCUGCUGAAGGGGUACUGCCACGUGGGAGACCUGGACAAGGCGCUGCAGACGGCCGAGACCAUCAAGGCUCGCGGGCUCAGGUGCGACGAGCUGGUCUACAACACGCUUAUGGAUGGCUGCGUCAAGGCGAACGACAUCACCGCCGGCGUCGGGCUGUUCGAGGAGAUGAUCCACAGCGGCAUGCGCCCCUCGGCCAUCACCCACAGCAUCCUGGCGAGGCUCUACCAGCGCGCGGGCUACGACGACGCCCCCGCCGCGGUGGCGCAGCUCUACCAGCACCACGGCAUCGAGAGGCCCUCCGGCGGCGACCGCAAGGGCUCGCGAGCUCGCAGCCCGAGGGGCGCCCGGCACGGGGACGACGGCCACAGCAGCCUGCCGUCGCCGUUCGGCUCGCCACGGUCCUCCGUCUCGGUGGCCUCGAGCCUGGCCCGCGACAGCGGCAGCGAGGCGGGCUUCGCGUCCUGGGGCAUGCUGCCGGCGAUGCCUUCGUACUUCGAGUGCCAGUCCGCGGAGCCCUCCGCGCCCUCCACGCCGUGCGGCAGCCCGCUGCACAGCCCGAUGCAGCAGUUCGCGGGGCUGCAGCUGCAGCUGCCCGCAGAGGCGCUCCAGGCCAGCAUGGUGCCGCCGCUCCCGGGAUCGGGCGGCCCAGAGCAGUCGCAGGCGGCGCUCCCCUUCGGCGCCUUCGGGGGCCAGGGCGGCAUGGUGCUGCAGCAGGCCCCCGCGUGGCCCUUCUGCCCAGGCAGCGCGCCGGCGACCCCAGCGGGCGCCGAGGCCGGUCUGCAACAGGGGCCCGGCAUGUUCUCGAUGCCCGUCAUGCAGGGCCCGGGGGGCGCCUCGCCCGUGCCAGGCACGCCCGUGGGCUUCGACGUGAUGGCCGCGGCAUGCGCCCCUGGCGGCGACGCGUCCGGCAUGCAGUGCAUGAGCCCGGUCGGGGCGCCCAUGCAGCCGCAGCAGGGGCCCUUCUUCAUGCCGAUGCCCGUCCAGCAGCCCGUUCAGGUGCAGGGCUGGGCGGUGCCAGCGCCGCAGCAGAUGCCCAUGCAGCAGAUGGCGCAGAUGCCCGGGAGCUACCUGCAAGCCACGCCGGGCAUGCCGCCGUGCUAGAGAAAAGCCCAUGAGAGGGCAGGGGCCAGCGCCCCGCGAUCGCCGAGCGACGUUCGGCGGGCAGAGGGACCGUAGAGCUUGGCCUCCUGCAGAGAGGCCCUGGAGAAUAGACUGGUGUGAGAACGCUGGUCGGAAGGGCAGUUAGCAAGAUGCAGCGGAUUUCGAUUUCAGCCCAUGGCCCCAGAGUUGUAGACCCAGUCCGAAGGAUUGGUUUUUCUGGAUGGUCCUGGGGCCCAGAAGCAGCCCUUGGAUGCCAAAGUGAGGGGGAAGCGCCGGGAUUGGUAAGGUCCAUGCGUCAAAGGUUUCCAGUGCCCGCCGAGUGUCAGGUUCGCCGCCGAGUGUCAACGUGAUAGGAGGAGGGGAAAGAAGGUGAAUUCUGCGGCUCCCUGUGCCCACCGACAUUGGAAGAGUCCAGUGGCAGAAGCCCGUGCUGAGCGCAGUGCAGUGGUGUUUGCCCUGCCCGCGGCAUGCUUCUCACGAGCGCCCGUCUCUGUCAGGCUGUGAAGAUCAACUUGGGCGUCCUGUUGACCACUGUCUUGUGUUUACUUACUGUAGCCCCUUGCCGCCAAUUAAGUCGACGUUUUGCACACAGCCGGUCUUCAGAUCGGAAAUUAGAGGGGAACUGAGGCCGCUUAUCACCCGAUCGGCAGCUGGCAGUACACAGUUAUCUCGCCGUGCACGCUUAAUUACCCAGCUUCCGCAUGCAGCCACCAUUUGACGACUUUGGCUCAGAGGCGUUUCACAUCAUGAUUGCUAUUGCUUCUUCUCGUACUCGCUCGUCAUACCUCUUCGUUUUGUGCUCGGCAUCCUCGUAUCCUUUCCCUGUCCUC